AUGCAGAUUCUUAAGCACAAUUUCCAAAAAAAUUAUAUUUUGGGUGAGUAUGUUAGUAUUGAUGAAUCUAUGAUUAAGUUCAAAGGACGUUCUUCGUUAAAACAGUAUUUACCUAAGAAGCUAAUCAAACGAGGAUUUAAAGUGUGGACAUUAGCAGAUUCGAAAAAUGGAUAUGUUUACGACUUUGAAAUCUAUAAAGGGAAAGAUAGCGAAAGAGAUGGUACUUUAGGUGAAUAUGUAGUAAAAAGAUUCGUUGUUGAUCUUGAAUUUUCAUAUAGAAAAGUUUAUUUUGACAACUACUUUACAUCUCCUAUUUUGAUCGAUUAUUUGUAUAAGAAAGGUAUUUAUGCUGCAGGCACAGUUCGUGCCGACAGAAAAUAUCUGCCAAAAGAAUUUUGUAAAUCUACGAUCUUGCUGAAACGUGGAGAGUUUGAAUACAUUGUAUCAGAUAAUGUAGUUUUAUAUAAAUGGAUGGAUAGGAAGUUAGUUUUCUUGUUAUCAAAUUUUCACGAUCCAUGCUCGACUGAUAUUAUUCAAAGAAAAGAAAAAGAUGGUGGUAAAACAAAUGUACAAUGUCCCAUAUCAAUAAUCGAUUACAAUAAAUAUAUGGGUGGUGUCGACGGAGCUGAUCAAAGAAAAGAAAGUUAUUCAUUAGAUAGAAAAUCAAAAAAAUUCUGGCUUCGAAUAUUUUUCAAUUUUAUGAACGUUGCUCUUUCUAAUGCAUUUAUCAUAUUUAAAAAUCGUACAGAUUCAAAUAUAACAUAUUUGGACUUUUUAUCAUCAAUAACAACAGCACUGAUUGAUGAAGAAAAAGUCAAAAAAACGUAUAUCACCUGCAAUCAAUUCCAACAGAAAGACAAAUAA